AUGUUGGUCAAGGCAGCUACUGGGCUUUUGGCCAUUGGCCAUUUGGCUUCACUUGUCUUUGCUCAGGAUCGAGUUGCGAUUACCGGCGCCACUGUCGAUCAAAAUAGCGAUGUUCCUGCGAGAAGAAACAUCAACGACAUGUACUCCAAAGGUGGACCUCAAUGGGAUCUGUAUAUCCAGGCACUUCGUUCGCUUCAGGCAAAGAAUGCCUCCGACGCGCUCUUUCAUACUUUCAAGUCGCUGGUUUGUAUCCAUGGCCUACCAUUCAUCGAAUGGAACGGAGAUGGACCGAGGAAUAACAACGGAUGGGGAGGAUAUUGCCCUCAUGGCGAAGCCCUCUUUCUCCCCUGGCACCGAGCUCUCACUUUGCUAUACGAACAACUCUUAGUUAAAGAGGCUGUGGCUAUCGCUUCCAAGUACCCUCAAAGAUACCGCACGGAAUACUUGGCUGCGGCAAAUAGUCUUCGCUCACCGUACUGGGACUGGUCUGCCGACUCCAACGUUCCUCCAAGCACAGUUCCCCAAACGAUGAGCAUCAAUGUCCCAGAUGGCCAGGGCAUAAAACAAGCUCAAGUCUCAAAUCCCUUGCAGCCCUACACUCUGCCCCAGGAAGCUCUUGCAGGACAAUUUGGACCGUUUGCCCGAAUUCCCGCCAAGAUGGUGAGGUGUCCUGCUCCAAGACAAUAUCCCAACACCCCGAACCAACGACUGAGGCAAUACAACUUGAAACAGGGCACAUACGACAUGUUUGCCUACUCCUCCACGUUCAACGACUUUGCCGUCACUGGCGGAAGACAUCUGGAAGGCCUGCAUAACAUUAUUCACUGGGAGGCUGGCUGCGAAGGGCAGUUUCUUGAUGCUACACUAAGCGCAUUUGACCCCCUCUUCAUGCUUCACCAUACUCACGUCGACCGCCUCUGGACGUACUGGCAGUUCAUACGUCCCUCUGAAACCAUUUUCAAAAACUCAUACGUCGGGCAAGCGCGCUUCUCAACUCCCCAAGGCACAGUCAUUGGCCCCAAUUCCCCUCUCGCUCCCUUCCACGAUGGCAACCUCAACAGUUAUACGUCCAACUCAGUCUCUAGCAUCAAGGGAAUGGGCUACACCUACGAGGGACUUGAGUAUUGGAGAAAAUCUGCUGAUCAGCUUCGGAGAGAUGCCAUUCAGCGGAUCAAUACCCUCUACGCACCCCGGCGCAGGUUCCACAAACGAAGUUCCUCACAAACUGAGACCCGGCACUUCGCACAUGUCGACCUUGACCGAACACAGGUUGAGCGUCCUUGCACCAUUACGGUCUUUAUCGGAAACAAAGAAGCUGGUACAGUGCCAAUAAUGCCCCUGCCUGCGACGGGAAUAGCUCGUACCAGCGUUCCUAUCGACAAGUUCCUCAAUGAGACGAUGCAUUCCUCGUCGUCGCAGGGAAUAAUGGCAUCCAUCGGACAGCUGGUUGAGGUAGAAAUCAAGAAGCUAGACGGUACCAGAAUACCGGUGGAUAAAGUCGACAGCCUCAAGAUUACGGUUGAGAAGAUUGCCGUAGAAGUUCCCAGCUCUAACAUGGAGCUUCCCAAGCCGGUUGACAAGACGAGACACUCUGCUAAAGUUCAAGGUCAUUUCGCACAUUAA